AUGAAAUGUCACUGUCAUUGUCAAAAUUUGAAACGUCUACUAAACAAAUUGCAAAUUAAUCAAUUUACCAAACCAAUAUCAAACUAAUCUGAUGAACUUUUGACCUACACCGUUGAAACAAGAAAGUUAAUUAAGUUAUAAUUAGAAACAAUGGCCUCCAAAAAGAAUAAAAAUCAGAAAGUAAACGUUACCGUUACCGCUACCAAAAAGAGAGGUUUCCCGUACAAAUACUUUUUGGCCGGAAUUUGCCUGCUCGCAAGUGUUAUAACUUACGAUGUUAAGCAACAAGAUAGUUUUAUUAGGAGCCAGUUAAAGGAAUACCAUGUUUGCGAAUACACGCAUAUGGCAGUUGAUAAAAUAAACGAUGGUUUGCAGUGGUCAAAAUCGAAGGUCGAGGAACAGUUUCCGGGGCUCGAACAACGUAUAAUCCUGAUUUCUGAACCUUAUGUUAACCUAUCGGUGAAUCUAUCUAAAUUGGGGCGCAACUUUUUCUGCAAUUUGAAAAACAACCUUCUAGAAAGCUCACCUUUUUUGCGACAAGCAAUCGAUAAAGAUAUUCCUGAGUAUGUGUCAUAUACGAAAGAUGUUUUGCAUAGUGCAUCUUUAACGGCGAUUUCGUACUUGAGCAAAAGUUGCGAAUAUUUGAAGAAUGAAGUUUUUGUUGGAUCUUUGUCACCUGAAAACAUGCAGAAGACAUUAGUAGAUGUAUUGAUUUACACGAGAGACAAAACUGUGGAAAUUUACAAUUCACUUUAUAAGGAACUCUCAUCGAUCUUCAACUAAAUUGGAGUAAGUUUCAUUUUUUUCCAGUCGGAGUAUUUGGAAUCUUCACUUUUCGAAGAACUUUCAUCGAUCUUCAUUAUUGUAUUAUUUCUUAAUAAACAAUACAUUUAAUUGAA